ACUAAAUAGAAACGAAACUAUCCAAAUACAAGCAUACAAGCUCCCUUUGUUGCGUUCAGUAGUAUAUACUGCAGUAUAUUCAGUAUAUUUUGACGAGCAAAAGAAGCAUUUUACCGAAAGCCGCUUACGGUCACACUGCAUUUCCAAAUCGAACCGCCAUUAUUGUUCGCCAAACCAAUGAAAAAACCACAUCCAAGUGAUAGAAACCGAACGCUUGUGCAAUUACUAGACAACUGAUUAAUCAUAAUUCAUAAUUGAAACUACCUGACACCCCCGAACGUUUGCCAAAAUGUCCCAGUUCAAUUUUGUGAGCGAUUUGCAAAAUGCUCUGAUCAUGGACGGCGAGACGCGCGGUCCUGCCCCACGCUGGAAGAAGAAGCUGGAGGCGUCCCUUAAUGGCAGCGUGAAUACGACGCGCUCGGUAUUGUCUGUCUCGUACAAUACCAGCUUCUCCGGCGUCCAGGCGCCCACCAAGACGCCGGGCAAGAGUAGCGAAGGCAAGGCCAAGAAGUCGACCACAACGCCAACAAAGACGCCAGGCGGUGGCGAUCGUUUUAUACCGAAUCGCGCGGCCACCAACUUUGAGCUAGCGCACUUUCUGGUAAAUAAAGACUCGGGCGACAAAUCGGAUGAGGAGAAUGACAAGGCCACUACUAGCAACAGCAACAGCAACGAGAGCAAUGUCCAGGCCUCCGCACACAAGGGUGAGCGACAGAAGCUCAUCUCGGAGGUGGCCCAAGUGGCUGGCGACAGCAAUGGUGGCCGCAUUUUAUGCUAUCAGAACAAGGCACCAGUCGCUCCAGAGUCGCACACGAAUCCCCUCAAGGUGGUUUACUCCAUCAAGACACCCAUAUCGACCAAGAGCGGCUCCCGUUAUAUACCAACCACUUCGGAACGUAUUCUAGAUGCUCCAGACUUCAUCAACGAUUACUAUCUAAAUUUAAUGGAUUGGAGCGGUGACAACAUUGUGGCCGUUGCUCUGGGCAGCUGUGUGUAUUUGUGGAACGCAGCCAGCGGCAACAUUGAACAGCUGACCGAGUUUGAGGAGGGCGACUACGCUGGUUCGCUCUCCUGGAUACAGGAGGGCCAAAUCUUGGCCAUAGGCAACAGCACCGGCGCCGUAGAGCUCUGGGACUGCUCCAAGGUGAAGCGUCUGCGUGUCAUGGACGGUCACAGUGCUCGCGUUGGCUCCUUGGCCUGGAAUUCGUUCCUCGUUUCAUCUGGCAGUCGCGAUGGCACCAUUAUCCAUCAUGAUGUGCGCUCGCGGGAGCACAAAAUCUCCUCCCUAGCCGGCCAUACUCAGGAGGUGUGCGGUCUGAAAUGGUCAACGGAUUUCAAGUACUUGGCCAGCGGCGGCAACGAUAAUCUGGUGAAUGUCUGGUCCCUGGCCAGCAGCGGUGUGGGCACGGCCAGCGAGGCCCUCCACAAGUUCAAUGAGCAUCAGGCGGCCGUGCGCGCCCUGGCCUGGUGUCCCUGGCAGCCCAGUACUCUGGCCUCUGGCGGCGGCACUGCUGAUCGCUGCAUCAAGUUCUGGAACGUUAACAAUGGGUCGCUGAUAAAGUCGGUCGAUUCCAAGUCACAAGUCUGCUCCCUGCUCUUCUCCCGACACUACAAGGAGCUGAUAUCGGCCCAUGGCUUUGCCAACAAUCAAUUGACCAUCUGGAAGUAUCCGACAAUGGUGAAGCAGGCUGAUUUGACCGGUCACACGUCGCGUGUCCUGCAAAUGGCCAUGUCCCCGGACGGCGGCACUGUUAUCAGUGCCGGCGCGGAUGAGACAUUGCGUUUGUGGAACUGCUUUGCCCCCGAUCCAUUGGCAUCCAAGAAGUCGGCCAGCGUCAAUAGCAAGGCCAAGCAGAGCGUGUUCCGGCAGAGCAUUCGUUAGAACAAAAUAAUUUAAGCCCUAAGCAAUAACGUUAUAACUAUUGUAGACUGUGUGUGCCGUUGCCAUAAGAUAUUUCCUUUUGUUUGCGUUUUAAGUUUAGAGUUAUUUGCCGUCCUCUGUUCCUGGACUAGAAAAUUAUAUAUUGAAUGCUUUACUUUAAUUCCUGUUUGCUGUGUUCUACCAAGACGAUAUAGAUACUAGAGAGAGAGAGGAGUUUGUCUAAUACUUUAUUUAGUUUAAGAGCUUAAAUAUGUAUAAAUAAAAUGCCCGACAUUCUGCAUCCUUGUAUGCUUUAUUUUCAUUUUAA